AUGAAUAAUCAUAAUAACCACCAUUGUCAACUGAAGGAGACUCUCAAUCUGAUUCUCAUUCACUAUCUAUCUAUCUAUCUAUCUAUCACACACUUGCACCUUUAUUUUUCAUCAUUGCCGCAAGAUGAUGAUGAUGAUCUAUCUAUCUAUCUAUCUAUCUAUCUAUCUAUCUAUCUAUCUAUCUAUCUCAGUCUGUUAAUAUCUAUCUAUCUAUCUAUCUAUCUAUCUAUGUAUCUAUCUAUCUAUCUCAGUCUUUCAUCUAUCUAUCUAUCUAUCUAUCUAUCUAUCUAUCUCAGUCUGUUAAUAUCUAUCUAUCUAUCUAUCUAUCUAUGUAUCUAUCUAUCUAUCUCAGUCUGUUCAUAUCUAUCUAUCUAUCUAUCUAAUUCAGUUCAUCUAAUUCAGUUCAUCUAUCUAUCUAUCUAUCUAUCUCAUUCAUCUAUCUAUCUAUCUAUCUAUCUAUCUAUCUAUCUAUCUAAUUCAGUUCAUCUAUCUAUCUAUCUAUCUAUCUAUCUAUCUAUCUAUCUAUCCACUUCUAUCUUCUCUUCUUUCUUUCAUUUUCUCGCUGAAACCAAAUUCUCUCUCUCUCUUCCCCUCUCUCCCUCUCUCUCUCUCCCCCCUCUCUCUCUCUCUCUCUCUCUCUCUCUCUCUCAGGAAUCGUUCCUGUCUAUCUUUCUAUUUAUCUCUCUGUCUAUCUAUCAGUCUCUUCAUAUCUAUCUAUCUAUCUAUCUAUCUAUCUAUCUAUCUAUCUGUCUGUCUGUCUGUCUCUCAGCCUGUCCCUAUCUGUCUUUGCAUCUAUCUCUUUAUCUGUCUCGCGUUAUCACUGAGUCUAUUCCCAUCUAUCUCUCUAUUUAUCUCUCGGUCUCUUCCUGUUUAUCUUCCUAUCUAUCUCUAUAUAACUCUCUCUGUCUCAGUUUGCUUCAAUCUAUCUAUCUAUCUAUCUAUCUAUCUAUCUAUCUAUCUAUCUAUCUAUCUCAAUGUGUUCACUAUCUAUCUAUCUAUCUAUCUAUCUAUCUAUCUAUCAGUCUCUAUCUAUCUCCCUAUCUAUCUCUAUGCAUAGAGUCUCUUCCUAUCUAUCUCUCCAUCUCUUUACAGCUAUCCCUCAGUCUGUUCCUAGAUAUCUCUUUAUAUACGCCCAUCUCGCUCUCUAUCUCUCACUACUCCUAUCUCUCUCACUCUCUCUCUCUAUUUAUCUGUCUGUUCCUCUCUCACUCUACGUCUAUCUAUCUCUCUAUAUAUCUCUCAUUCUCUGUUCCUAUCUAUCUCUCUAUGUAUCUCUCAAUCUGUUAUGUAUUUCUCUCUCUAUCUCAGUCUGUUUUUAUCUAUCUCUCACUGUCCCCUCCUAUCUAUCUUCAUAUCUUUCUAUCUGUCUCUCACUCUGUCCCUAUCUAUCUCUCUGUUUAUCUCACAGUCUGUUCCUAUCUAUCUACGUCUGUCUAUCCCCCUAUCUAUCUCUCAGUCUGUUCCUAUCUAUCUAUCUAUCUAUCUAUCUAUCUAUCUAUCUAUCUAUCUAUCUAUCUGUCUAACCCUUUCUAUCUACCUAUUAUAGAUCUCCCACCGUGGGAUCCCUGCUGUCCAUCUCUGCUGUCCAUGACUCUGGACGGUGUACCGUCCCCCCGGACAUAUGCACUUUUACACAGCGGUCGGUAUACCUGCCGCUCGGGUUCAAAAGGGUAA